UUAGAACCUCUGGUUAAUAAUUCCGUUUUAUCACGUUUAGAACACGUCCUUCAGCUGGUACUGGAGAAGCAAGCACCUGAAGAAAUACAUCGCAUGGAAGAAGAUAGUGAUAAUAAAUGUAGAGUGAAGAGAGUGAGAGAGGCAGGAGGUAAUAAGUGCGCCGUAGUGAGUCAGCUGUGUUGUGUGAUGCUCACUCAUGUGACUUAGCCAGAGUGUUAAUGUUGGUGAGAUUCAGGACAUUAUGUAUCUCAGAGUGGUGUUCCUGGCUGUGUACCUGGGUAUUAGUGGUGUGUACAGUGUAAGUGACCUGUGUCAGGUCACUGAUGGUGCACAGCUGUAUGAUGUGAGUGAACUGGCUGACAGAGACUAUUGGAAGGUGACGGAAACUUUGCAUACUGGUAUUGAUGAGAGGAGAGUGUUCUAUCUGUCCCUGUGUCAUGGACUGAGGAAUGCACCUAGUGUAUGUGCUGGAAAUGCUACAGGGGUGUGUGUGGUCAAGCAUGAAGGUGGAAAUAACACACAGCCACAGGUGGUUGUCAGUAACGCAGGACAGCUGCCCACCACAGGGAUAAGAGUGGCUGAAGAAGGCUGGCUGGAAUAUGCUUAUGAUAGUGGUCAACCAUGCCCCCAUAGAGGUGGUGGGAAGACGUACAAGACCUCAGUCAACCUCAUCUGUCCCUCUGAUGUCCAUUAUGGAGCAUCUGGACCAGUGUUCAUGAGCUCCAGAGGAUGUGACUUCCUCUUUGCCUGGAUGACCAAGGCUGCCUGUCCUAAGAAACUGGAUGCUCAGGACCCUACUUCUUGUACUGUCAAAUUUUCCAAUUCAGAUCAAGUACUUAACCUUCAUGCGCUACACUCUUCCAGUUUUUACACUGUUAAACGAGCAGAGUCUACAUACGAGAUAAAUAUCUGUGGUGCUGUUACCAAUGGCAGUUGUGGAAGGGGAGAUGCAACCAUAUGUAAUGUGAAAAAUGGUAGCAACCCUGUUGUUCUAGGUACAACAAAGAAUAUGAACCUGGAAUGGGAAGAAGAGAGACUAAUUCUUUUUUAUAAACAAGAGGGCCACUCUGUUGAAAUUGAACUUUACUGUGAUAGAUCCAGAACCACACCUCAUAUUUAUUUUGUCUCUUCAAAUGAGAGCACGACAAUAUUCAGCCUCAAGACUUUCGCAGUGUGUGCGCCAAAGCCUCCUGAAUGUGUCGUGGAGGACGAUGAUGGCAAUGUCUUUGAUCUACGACCCUUGUACAAAUCGCAGGGGAACUGGGAAGUUUUGGAUACCCGGCGUGAAAAUAAGAAUGACAUGUACCACAUCAAUAUUUGUGGAGAGGUGAAUGAAGGGACCUUCUAUCACUGUCCUUUGGGCCCUGCAUUUGCAUGUCAGACCAGUGUAGGAAGGGAGGCCUCUUACAACCUUGGCUUCAUUGCUUCUCACCCAUAUGUAAACAAAGAUGGAUCAAUUACAGUUUUGUAUACAGGUGGUGACAUGUGUAAAAAUGGACAACAUACUCGCUCAACUCGAAUCAACUUGGUGUGUAACCCAGUUGAACAUCAUCCUAUGCUAGUGGAGGAAACCGAAACUUGUGAAUAUGUGUUUAACUGGCUGACACCAGUUGCUUGCCCACGCCACGUGAGGAAAGGUAGUGCCUGUCAAGUUGUAGAUCCACUGUAUGAGAAUUUAUAUGACCUGAACCCAUUAAGAAAUGAAAAUAAGGAUUACAACAUCACAGAUGGUGAACACAAUUACUUGGUAAAUUUGUGUGGGCCACUUGUAACAUCAUGCAAGGGAGGUACUUCAGGAAUAUGUCAAAUCAAAGGAGAUGAGGAAUAUAGUGCUGGACUAGCAACUUCUAAUGUAACAUUUAAUGAUGGCACUCUGACAAUGAACUUUGCCAAUGGAUCAGGAGGAUGUGAAGGUGAUAACACAAGGUCGACACAGAUUAUUUUUCUUUGUGAUCAAGAGGAAAAUGGUAGGGAUGGGCCUCAUUUUCUGCAUGAAACCUCUUGCACAUAUUACUUUUUGUGGCGUACUAGACAUGCUUGCCCACCCUUCCGUGUUGUAGAUUGUAGUGUGUUUACUAGUGAUGGAAUGGUAUAUGACCUCAAUGAGCUAUCAUCACCCAAUAUGAAUGAAGAGUACUUUAAUCCUGGUGACUCCAGAAAGUUUGUACUAAAUGUUUGCAGAUCUAUAGUGCACAGCAAGAGCAGUAGGUGUCCUUAUAAUGCUGCAGCUUGUGUUAUUGACCUUAAGCAUGAAAACAAAUCAGUGAAUAUUGGUGAAGUUCACAGUGGUCCCUAUUUGGAAGAUGGCAAUUUGAAAUUAAAGUAUACAGGAGGUGAAUUUUGUGGAAAUAGCUCUAAGAGGUAUGAAACAGUAAUUGAGUUCAAGUGUGACAAAGAUGAGCUCUAUCCUUACCCACAACUCAUUGGUGAAGAGAAUUGUAAAUACCUUUUUGAAUGGAAAACCUCUGUUGCAUGCCCAGUAUCAACAGAAACUACUACUACAUCAGAAAUAAAUGCAGAAAAUUGCACAGUUUCCAAUUCUUAUACCGGUUACAACUUCGAUCUUAACUCAUUAAAGAGAGAUACUGGGUAUGAAGUACAAGAUAGUGAGGGUCUCCAUCUUGUCCUGAAUGUUUGUGCAGAAGUCAGCCAAGAAAAAUGCUCAAAGAAAGGUGCAGCAGCUUGUAGUUUCAUGCAUAACAGUGAAACUAACAUAGUAAAUGCUGGCCAGGCUAAUGCCAAUCUUCACUUCCUUCCAGGUUUUCUUUUCCUUCACUACACAGGGGGUGACGAGUGCAGCAAUGCUACAAAGCGGUCUACAUUAAUCAGCUUUAUCUGUGGAGCUGAGAGUGCCAAAGAGGGCCCAGUAUUGAUACAUGACGACUUGGAUCGGUGCACAUAUUUUGUCAACUGGUACACAGAUCUAGCUUGUGAAAGAAGGAUAAACUGUUUUGUUGAUACUUGGGAACAUCGUAUUGAUCUCUCCCCCCUAAUUAAGGCUUCAGGAAAUUAUGAAACGUCAAACCCAGAUAAUCCAAAGGAAAAAUUUUAUUUGAAUGUUUGCAGACCUCUCAAUCCUAUAGCUGGCCUAAAUUGUCAACCAGGUUCCAGUGCUUGUCUCUAUAGUCCAACUCUGGAAACGAAGAUUUUAAGUCUAGGUCAUCCAGAUGUGACACCUACAUACAUUUACAAUGAUGGAGUACAAAUUAUGUAUACACAUGGUUCCACCUGCACUUCCAACCAAGACUACAGCAUUUCAUCUCGCAUUCACUUCAUCUGUGAUGUAUCAGCUGGCAUGGGAAACCCAGUUUUCAAGAAUAGAACUCAUGAUUGCCAGUACCAGUUUGAGUGGCGAACAAGUCUUGUCUGCGAAAAAUCUGUCACUAAACCAGAUACAGGUCCUGUGUGUCAAAUUAAGUUUGAUGCUGCAAAAGCCAAUAUUGAUUUGACACCCCUUCAGCGAAAAAUAGGCUAUUCAGUUAAAUUUGGAAACAAAAUAUAUAAAAUAAAUAUUUGUGGUCCUGUUUGCCAAGAAUCUGGUGUUUGCACCUCUGAUGGAGAUAGUUAUGGGCUAAUUAAUAAAUCUGAAUUGAAAUGGGACUACGAUCAGCUCAAGCUCACAUAUUACGGAGGAACCUCCUGUGUUGGUGCACUCUCAGGUCAUAAGACCACUUCUAUAUACUUUGAAUGUGACAUGAGUGCUGGCUUUGGUUAUCCAGUUGCUGAUGAUUUAAUGGAAAGCCUGGACUGCUUAGCUGUAUUCCGCUGGAAAACAAAUAUAACUUGCAUUGAGGCCAUCUAUAAUAAUGGGAAUACCGACAUGGUACUGGAUGCCACAGAAAAGCCAGCUGUCCACAAUACUGGGACUACUGACAUAGUACCAGGUGUCAAAGAGAGGCCAUCAAUUACUGAUGACAAUAUGGACAAUGUCAAAAAUGAUAGUGGUACUUCAAACCCACAAAAAAGUAAAGUUAUGAAGCCAUUCUCUGCAACAUCUGCUGUUAUUGCCAGUGUACUUGUCAUCUCUGGCAUUGUUUUUGUGGCGGUGCUGAUACUUUUCAAGUCGGAGAGAGGGCAACAUGUGGUGGCUUCAGCUCGAAGGCUCUUCGGAAUCAGAGGGUACACGAACAUUGGCCAGCCACGUGACACCACUCUGCUCUUGGACGAUGUGUCAUAAGCUUCCACAAGAAUCCUCAAAAUAUAUCAUCUUUUGGGUAAUGUUUUUUCAGUUCAGUAAUGUGUUUCACUGACUAGAAGUAUCUAUUGAAAUACAAAUGAUUUUAGUUUGUGGACUGAGACAGCCAUUGCUUAAUUCCUGCUGUAAUCUAUCAAUGCUUUUGAGCCAGUUUUUAAAUGGUAAAUUCAGUAUAAAUGUAAUUAACCUCUUAUAUAUUUAUAUAAAUUAUUUUUUUACUGAAGAUCUAAUUUAUAAAAGGGGUAAAUGUAAUGAAUUAAUGUCAUAAUGGGGCAGAUAUAGACUACACUGAAGACCCACAGAACCCUAGUUUGAUUUAGUGGCUGAGUAUGUCUCACUCUGUUGUGUUUGAAUAGACCAUGGCCCUCCUGAGGCUGUGGACUUAGUAAAUGCACCUCACCUUGAUAAAAGUCCCUCUAUGACAUUUGAAUGCUAUGUAAGCAAAUUUUAGUCAAAAUAUUGUGAUGUACCUUAUUAACUCUUCAUGUUCUUGCAUAUGACAACUUCAGUAAUAUCCAGGGAGGCAUCGUAAUGAGGUUACCUUCAACAUUUUGCAAUAAGGAAAUAUGAAAGGGCUUUUUUAUACCUGGUAGAAAUUUGAGAAAUUCAUGAAAUAAUGAAUGAUUAGAUAAUUGUACUUCAGUCAGAGCUCUUGCUGGAAUGUGUUGAUAAGGUAAUCUAUUUAAAAAAAAAAAAACUGUAGUCUAGUGGUGUAUAUAUUAUUAAGGAUUUAUGGAACCAAAGAUUUUUUUACAAAAGACUAGAGGAUAAUGCAUCCAAGUCAGAAAAAACAUAGUCAUCUUGUAUAACUCUUUAUGACUGAAGAAUUGUGCAUUUUAUGCAUAGAGUAUUUAUUUGUAUUUCCAAAGAUCGAUCAUAUUUUGAAGGUGCAACAAGUACACACAAACCUCGUAGAGUUGAAUAUUGUUUUUCAUUCUUUAGUAUUGCAGUUUUAUCUUGCUUAGCAAAAAAAAAGUACAUUGCUACUUACUUCCUUAUUCUGUAAAAAUUCUAAUAAGCAUACAUAAAUUUUUCCCAUGCACUCUUAGAGCUAUUGUUUCCCAAAGUUGAUUUAUCCCCACUGAACCUCUCACUUACUCUAAUCCAUGUGUGGCAUAUACUUGUAUUUGUGCAAAAAUGUCCCAUCUCACAACUGUGAUACCAGUUUAUCUUGUUUAGCUUUUGUUCUCUACUUUACAUACAACCAUGUAUGUCAAUGUAAUAUAUAUUCACUUUAUAAGUUCUUUCUCCAUUAUAGUCAUAUUUCCAUCUACAAAUAACAUUUGUAAUUAAGUUUGCAAUUUAUUACACAUUACUCCAUCUUAUCAACUGGCUAUUAACUCCAUAUUAAUCUAUUCCCCCAUUGUAAAUUCAAGUAUGGAUUCUAUUUCAUCUCUUGUAAUGAUUCUUGCCAAAUUGUCUUUUAUUUAUUUACUGUUAGCAUAGUCUGUGAUGCUCUUGAUUUUAUCUAGCCAUAGAAAUACAUAUUGGUAUUCAUGCAAUCACAAGAACAAGUGACUACCAAGCAUGCAGGGCUUGCCACAGUGAUUGGUAAAGUGAAUGCUUUGGUGAAUUUGUGAUCAAACACCUGUCUUCAGAAGCAAAUGACAUAGAGAAAAUCAAAGAGCACUUGUAUAGAGGCCAAAGUCAGGGUGAGGUGUUUACACCUGAUUUGCUGAAUGAGAUGAUAUAUGAUAGGGGUCAAAAAAUUCCAGUCUGAAAAUAUAAAAGCCUUUAAGGAGUAUAGUUAAAAAUGCACUUUGUUUCACUUUUGUGAUUGAGGAGUAGAACCAAGUACAUAUGAACGAAUGACAUUUGCUGGCUUCUUAUAUAUUGGAUAUGGAGGACAAACCUUGAAAAUUAGACACAUGUGCAACAUCUGGGUAUCUUUAUUGUAGAUGUUUCGCCAUCCAGUGGCUUUAUCAAUACAGAUUCUAGGACAUAACUUGAAGACAGUAGAACUAUAUACAAAAGAUGAGGUAACCAGUCCCUCACCAACUCCAAGGCUGAGGGACUGAGUACCUCAUCUUUUGUAUAUAGUUCUACAGUCUUUAAGUUAUGACCUAGAAUCUGUAUUGACAAAGCCACUGGAUGGCAAAACAUCUACAAUAAAGAUGCCCAGAUGUUGCACCUGGAGUUUACCUGGAGAGAGUUUCGGGGGUCAACGCCCCCGUGGCCUGGUCUGUGACCAGGCCUCCUGGUGGAUCAGCGCCUGAUCAACCAGGCUGUUGCUGCUGGCUGCACGCAAACCAAUGUACGAGCCACAGCCCGGCUGAUCAGGAACUGACUUUAGGUGCUUGUCCAGUGCCAGCUUGAAGACUGCCAGGGGUCUGUUGGUAACCCCCCUUAUGUGUGCUGGGAGGCAGUUGAACAGUCUCGGGCCCCUGACACUUAUUGUAUGGUCUCUUAACGUGCUAGUGACACCCCUGCUUUUCAUUGGGGGGGGGGGGUAUUGUAUACCAUUCAAGUACAAGACAAACCUUUUAUAUGAAUGUAUGCAUCUGAAAAGGAAGGAUAUCAUUUUUGUUUUCAAAAUUGGAAGGAAAUCUCUGGAAUUUUCAUAACACUGCCACAAGCAUAAAACAUCUACAAAUCACAUUCAUUUGGCAUUGGAAUGACUUAUAUCUUUUAUAAUCCUGGUUUCAAAAAUAUUCCAAUUAUGAUGGAGGUAAUGGUGGGGAGAGGAGGGUGUGUGUAUACUUGGCUAGGGCCAAACGAGCAUCUGAGGGCAAGUACCCUUUUUAUCUUACUGCUUCUGCUUGGUACUCUGCUCAUUAGGUGCAUCUGCUUCUCUGUUUGCUUUGGGGUUGUUUGUUUUAGUGUGUUACCUCCCCAUGGUGGGUGGGAGAAUGAGCUGAAGUUCAGUUAUUAUUGCUUUAUGACCCCUCAAGGCCUUGACACUGGUGAAGGGCUCUUGAUCCAAGAAAUUGAACCUAUUCAACCGUUGAAUCAAACCUGAUUACCUUCUAUUUUUCCAAUGUUGAAUGACCCCUAUGGGUUUAGUGCUUCCCCAUAAAUAUAAUAUUUUCAUGUGAGUAAUAUAUCGCUAAUGAUUCUUCUGCAUUGUCUCUUGACUACAGUUCUGGCUGCUCCGAACUUGCAAAGGUGAUUGGCAAGUUGUCCUUGCAUUACCCAAUACCAUUUUUCUCACUCUACAUUCAAGACAAUUGCUGCUAUUUCAAACCCCCAUAUCUGGUACCUCUUGACCUCAUUCUUAUUAUAAUCAUGUCUCCAUGUAGGGGUGCCAUAGGUAAAAUAUGAGAACAUUGUAUCAAUAUCCAUGGACCCAGACUGUUAGCACCCCACCAGAAUUAUCAGAAACACUGCUGGAACAAGUGUAGAAGUUUUGAAGAGGAAAUUGAGCAAGUACCUCCACUAAUUGCUGGAUCAACCAGGCUGUGAUGGAUAUGUAGGCUGUUGGCAGCAAUAACCUGGUUGAUCAGGCAAUUACCAGACAAGUCUUGCCCAAGUCUAGACUGUGGGAAUAGGAAAACUCUUGUGACCCAUCAAAGGUAUAUCAAAAGUAAAGAUAAAGGUAUGGGUUCCAUUACCUCUACAUGAGGUCUAUAUUUUUUUUUUUUUUCAAGGGGGAAGCGCUAAACCCGGAGGAUUAUACAGCGCCUGGGGGGGGGGGGGAUGUGGAAGGCAUUCAGGCUUAAUUCGGGGAACUGGAGCACAGAUCCAAUUCCCUAAAUCAAGAGCCCCUCACCAACAUCAAGGAACCUUCCUUGAGGGGUUGAGGUCUAUAGCUCACAGAUUUGACAAAACUUUUUACUUUUCAGCCUAGUGAUUAUAAAGUCUGUUAACUGAUCUAGACAGCAUCUGGCUCGAAGGUCACAUUCUAUACCUAGAAUGAUGUGGUACAUGUAGUGUGGGUUACUGAUGCUACUGGGGCAGAUAACUUAGCAAAAUUGCAAACUAGAAGACAAAUCUAUUAUGGUUAUCAGACUUAUUUGCCUUAAUAUAUAUACAAUGAAAUGGUAGUCCUUCCUCUUCAGUUGUCCAUCAGCUAGCAUUUACUUAGUGUACAAACAGUAUUGUCCUGGAUUAAUGACUGCAACAGCUAUCCAUCUUCAAAGUACAUAGACACUUUUGUCCGUCUUGCAUGAGGACAAUGUAAAUACGGCACUCAAACAAUUUUGACAAGCUAACCUCUGAUGGUCAUUUAUUUAGCAGGUAACUGGUUAACCUGCUGGCAUUUCAGACAUUUUGCUAAACAUUGUCAGUUGUGAGAGAUUGCCUUGCCUGUGCUCCCCUACUCAUGAUGGUGAACCGUAACAACUGCCUACCUCACGUCUGAAGUGUGCUGUUGCUCAUUCUGCCUGUUUCCAGUCUUGACCUGUAUUCUUCUAAAUGGGAGGAUACAGUCCUCAUAACUGAUGUCAAAAGUUUAGCCAACAUUUGUAAUAGCUUAUAGGCUGGUGAAACUACAGAAUUCAUGAGAGGUUUAGCAGGACUUGUGGACUUAUGUACUCAGGUCCCAUCAUUAUGCAGUCAUUUGCAAGCAGCACAUCCUCACUUUUGCCAAUAUAUAUACCUUAGCAUUAUUGUGAAAUUAUCUAUAUUUAUACCAUAUAUAUAAUAUAAUAAUAAUAAUCAUGAGUAUGCAUAUAUACUAGACUGUAUAUAUAAACUAUUACAGUAUUAUUAUUUUUUACCAUGUAUUAAGUCAUAUAAUAGUUGUGAUAUAUCUUCUGUGAGUUUGCUUGUUUUAACAUUGGGAUUUGUAUUUUAUUCACAUGUAGGCACUAACCCAUCAGGGUCAUUCAGCUUUCAUCUCCCAUUAGGAACUGUUUGUAUCUCAAAGGUAUAUAUUACUGUUUCAUUAACUUUUCAACUUCACUGCAGCAUUUGUUGUAUUGUGACUUGUCAUUUCUUAAUUUUUCUCUAAAUUGUUCUUAGAUCCUCCAAUUUUUAUGUUACUAUUUUUUGUUAUAUAUAAUUGUGGUUGACAUAUUUAAUAAUCAAAACUGAAUUUGUACGGUAUUAAUCAGAAAUGAUUCAAGCAUUGUUUUGGGGCCUUGAACAAAUGCAUAUAUACGUACAUACCUAUAUACAUACACAUUUUUUGUUCAUAUAUGGUAUUUUUUACAAUACAAUUCAUUUACAUUUUCUAUUUAUAAUACUGGAAUUCAGUUUUUGUUUAUAAAUCUGAAAGCCCUGGACCUAUUGCUGAUGCUUGGAACAAGUGAAGAACUAUGAUGGGCUGUUUUUAUUUUAUUCUUAUUUUCAGUGAGGCAAUAACUAACUGCUAGCUCUGUGUUCUUUAAUAUUUAGUUGCUCAUGAUGAUGGACUGCUAGUCAUUCACUAAGAUGAUCUUAAAAUGAGUAUUGAAGGCACACUUUAGUCUAAAAAGACUUGCUAAUACAGGGAUGCACUAAGCCUGUUAGUGCAAAUGUUCAGAGAUGAUUGAUAUCAUUUACAGAAUGUCCUAGGAAUAAAAUACCUGGUAAUUUAGGAAGAUAAGUAUAUGCCAUUUAAAAAUUAUGCACUAAUUGCUAAUAUGCAUUAGAGAAAUAAAAGUGCAUCAUUAAUAAACUUGGGCAUAUAGAAAGUUUUAGUUUAGUGUUUGAAAGUGGAGAAAGUAGACCUCUCUGUACAGAUGAUACAGUGUCUGCUUAUAUAAUUACCCACUUUGUUAUAGCAUUUAAAUUACUGUAAUGUCAAAUAUUUCAUAUCACAAGGUCUCUCUUUUUCCACAGGAAUUAGCCAUAAGUAUUAUAUGUAAAUAUUUCUUAUGUGAAACAUACUUGUUUACCUAAAAUUUGGUAUUAAUUAGCAGUGACUGAAGAGUCAAGAUGCUUCAUUUAAUCAUUUUGUUCUUGAUCCAAGAGAAUACCUCAACCUAGUAAUUAUUUUGGUAUAUCAAAGUUACUUAUUCACUCCUUAUUAAACAUGCAUUUUGAUUUUUUUAGUAUAUAGUGUUAGCCGAUUUAUUGAGUGCUAUUACACUCACAAAAAGCACUAAACCCAUGUGGUUUAUUUAGCAGUUUUUAUUGAAUUGUAGCUUCAGCAGCUCUUUUAAUAGGCAGGUUUUACAUUGGGUUUGAGUAAUUAAAUAUAUAAUAGUAUAAUUUUGCCUUGCAUUUCGGCUUGUAUUUAUUUGACUGUUUCGAAAAUAAAAGAGGUAACUGUUUUUUAGAAUGUUUGUUCAUGCUAAAAAAUUAAAAUAGAGAAUAAAUAAAGGAAGUUUUCAAAUAUUGCUCACCAAGUAUGUAUAUAUUGGCGUUGAUGCAUUGUAAAAAUGCCAUACUACACAAAUGAAGAUAAUCCAUUGUUGGGUUUUGAACAAGUUAUAAAAAACUAUUUCUCCUAGUAGUUACCAUUCAUUUUAAACAAUUUGUUUAUGAUAAGACUUCACCAUAGUCAACUUUUGAUGACAUUUUAAUAUAAGCUUUAUUCUUAUCCAUUAUAGGGCUUGUUAUUUUUAAUUGGAAAAAAAAAAGUGUCAUGUAUAAUGGGAAAUUGUUUGGGUAUUUUAUGUUUUCUAGUUUGAACUUAUACUCCAGUCAUUUGUUGUGAUUUAUUGUGAUGUAUUUUAAAAUUAUAUAGUUUUAUAUAUGGGGCAUUAUACACCUUUUUUCCUAGUGUGAUUUGUAAUAAUUAUUCUAUUAUGAGUGUUGUGAAACUAUAUUAUCAAGUGUGGAAACAGGGUGCCUUCUGUUUUAUUUACCAUGGAAAUAAGCUAGUUAAAAUUUCUAUUAAAGUUAAGAUUAUUCAGGAAACAACCAUUUAUGUAGUAUACAUUUCCAUACUUUUUUUAACUGGCCAUCUUGCCCCAAGGUAGGGACACCCCCUCCCCCCCCCCAAAAAAAAAAGAAAAAAAAAAGAAACUUUUAGUAUCACUCACUCCAUCACUGUCUUGCCAGAGGAGCACUGCCAUUACAACUCAGAUGCCCUUCAAUACAUUAUAGCUAAUUAAUAAAAGGAAUUCUAAAUGUCUACAAUAUUGCAGUUAGGAAAUUCUAAUGUCUACAAUAUUGGCAGUAAGGAAAUUAAUGUCUACAAUAUUGCCAGUGUACAUACACUAUCCAGUGUCUAUCUUGAACUUAUAAAUUAGAAUAAGUUAUCAGAAGUAAUUUUUUUUUUUCAAUUAUACAUUAGUUUACAGAAUUUUCAUUUAAAUUCAUGCAACAGAUGGGCAAAACACAUAAAAUUAUUUAACCCCUUUGCUACAUAUUUGUGGUAUCAUCUACAUACUGUAUGCUUGUUUACCAUAACAAACUCUGAUAGUAACUAAAUAUUGUCUAAUAAAGCUAAUAGCUAUACCCAAAUGGGUCAUACAGCACUGUAGUAUCUACAGUACUUGUAGGCUGUACUCUCUGUUAGCUAAAUAUAAUUUUUCUGAGUAAAAACCAGCACUUGAGGUCAAGACUAUUCUUUUUUUUUUUUUAAUCUGCCAGUAAUGUUUGUUUCUCAAGUACUCCAAUUUUGAAUAUGUGUAUUGCAAUGUAUGUGUAGGAUUCUCAGAAAUUAAUCUAUAUUGAAUACUCUUUCAUAGUGUCAGUUUAUAAAAACAAAUGUAUGGUAAUUGGUGCAUCUCUCUUCAUCUAAGUAUUCCAUUAGAGGCAUCUUGAAAAAUGAUAUACAGUAUACUGUUUUAUUAAUUGUAAUGGUCAGAAUUCAGAAUUUUUUGUAGGUUUUGCAAUUAACAAUUUCUAAAAGUACUGUAUCUAGAAAUUUCUGACAUUCAUAAUGGAAAGUAUUUGUGUGUAUAUUUAAAAACAUAAACUUGUAGAGGAAAAAAAUGGUAAAGUUCAGAUAAGAAAAAUUAUAUAAUCGUGACUAAACUUUUGUUGACAA